GGGGAAGACUUGUAGAAGUUGGCUUGUGAUUGUUUGUUGUGUUGGUUGGUGUGUGACUAGUUGGUAUAUUACUGUAGCUUGUUGGGUGGCCUGACGUUGGCUUGUAUGAAGCUGUUGGGGUUGGACUUAUGGAAUUGUAACUUAUGGUGGCAGUGUUAGUAUUUGGUGGCCAUGGUCUUGAUGGUGAAGGUGAUAUUGUAGUGGUAGUGUUACUGGUCGGUGGCCAUGGUCUUGAUGGUGAAGGUGAUGUUGUAGCGCUAGUGUUACUGGUCGGUGGCCAUGGUCUUGAUGGUGAAGGUGAUGUUGUAGCUGAAGUGUUACUGGUCGGUGGCCAUGGUCUUGAUGGUGAAGGUGAUGUUGUAGCACUAGUGUUACUGGUCGGUGGCCAUGGUCUUGAUGGUGAAGGUGAUGUUGUAGCUGAAGUGUUACUGGUCGGUGGCCAUGGUCUUGAUGGUGAAGGUGAUGUUGUAGCUGUGGUGUUACUGGUCGGUGGCCAUGGUCUUGAUGGUGAAGGUGAUGUUGUAGCUGUGGUGUUACUGGUCGGUGGCCAUGGUCUUGAUGGUGAAGGUGAUGUUGUAGCUGAAGUGUUACUGGUCGGUGGCCAUGGUCUUGAUGGUGAAGGUGAUGUUGUAGCUGAAGUGUUACUGGUCGGUGGCCAUGGUCUUGAUGGUGAAGGUGAUGUUGUAGCUGUGGUGUUACUGGUCGGUGGCCAUGGUCUUGAUGGUGAAGGUGAUGUUGUAGCUGAAGUGUUACUGGUCGGUGGCCAUGGUCUUGAUGGUGAAGGUGAUGUUGUAGCGCUAGUGUUACUGGUCGGUGGCCAUGGUCUUGAUGGUGAAGGUGAUCUUGUAGCGCUAGUGUUACUGGUCGGUGGCCAUGGUCUUGAUGGUGAAGGUGAUAUUGUAGUGGUAGUGUUACUGGUCGGUGGCCAUGGUCUUGAUGGUGAAGGUGAUGUUGUAGCUGAAGUGUUACUGGUCGGUGGCCAUGGUCUUGAUGGUGAAGGUGAUGUUGUAGCUGAAGUGUUACUGGUCGGUGACCAUGGUCUUGAUGGUGAAGGUGAUGUUGUAGCUGUGGUGUUACUGGUCGGUGGCCAUGGUCUUGAUGGUGAAGGUGAUGUUGUAGCUGAAGUGUUACUGGUCGGUGGCCAUGGUCUUGAUGGUGAAGGUGAUGUUGUAGCUGAAGUGUUACUGGUCGGUGGCCAUGGUCUUGAUGGUGAAGGUGAUGUUGUAGCGCUAGUGUUACUGGUCGGUGGCCAUGGUCUUGAUGGUGAAGGUGAUAUUGUAGUGCGCUAG